AUGAAGGCGCUCCAUAUUCUAGCCCAGAACGCUAAAACUGAUAGAACUCAACACGUCUCAUUCAAGGUGCGCUAUCAAGAUAUACAGACGAUUCACGAUGAAUUUUUUGAUCAUCACAACAAGGUAAUUUCCGCGCUCUUGACUGAUCCUGAGUCCGAUUUGAAACCGAAAAAUUUGAUUCGAGAGAGUUUUCUUUCUGAUUACUACGAUGUGAAAACAUGCUUUACCGAAUUAUUUGACGAAUACGUAAGUUCGCCAUCAGGACCAAGUCAUAAUAGUACAAUGUUAGGUCCACCCUCUAAUCAUGGAAAUGUUCGACUGCCUAAAAUAUCAUUAAUGAUAUCAUUAAUGAUAUUUCAAUUCAGUGGUGAUUACAAAGAUUUCACAUCUUUUCGAGAUCAGUUUGAUGCACUUGUGCACAACAAUCCAUCCUUAACUCCAAUAGAAAAAUUCACUUACUUGGUUAGUUCUGUUCAAGGCUCUGCACUUUCUUUAGUUAAAACGUUACCUUUAACUUCGCCGAAUUACGUCAUCGCCUAUAAAAGUAUUGUUGAACGUUUUUCCAAUCGCCGCUUACAAUCUCAGAGUCUGUGGACCGAAAUAGAGAACGCUCCUAAGAUCACAGUUCCUUCUGCGGAAUCUUAUAGGAAAUUGAUAGAUACCUUCACUGAAAACGUUGCUGCUUUAAACAACCUUAAAUUUCCAACUGACUCUUAG